GCUUCCUCCUUCACCCACGUGGCGGCGUUUUAAUGAUAUCGGCGGUGCGAGGCUAGAUGAGGGUCGAUUUUUUCGCGAGAUUUAAACUCCUCGGCAGGCCCAAGAUGUCUUUGGCUAACGGAGAGCAGCGCACGUACAGAGACGCGCUGGACACAACGGGACGGCCGCUGUCCCUGCGGGAGGCUGUGACGCUGUUGGCGCGAGGCGUGGGCGCGGGCCUGGUGGUGGCGCUGCCCUCCGACACGGUGUACGGCCUGGCGUGUCGCGCCGGCAGCCCACGGGCGCUGCGGCGAGUCUACGACGCCAAGGGGCGCGACGGCGGCAAACCGCUCGCCGUGUGCGUGGGGGACACGCGGGAGGUGGGCAGUCACACGAAAGCUUCAAAUCUCGAACUUCUUGGAGGUGUUGUUGACGAUGUCGAUGAUGAUUCCGGUGUUGCCGACGAGGGCGCCAGGCUCUGCCACGUGACGGUGUCUGACGAGGUGCUGCAGGACUUGCUGCCGGGCCCAGUCACGCUGGUGUUCAAGAGGAAACCCGAGCUUCACCCCGCACUCAACCCCAGCACACAGCUGGUGGGGGUCCGAGUCCCCGAGCACGCCGUGCUGCGCCAGCUGUGCCUGCAGCUGCAGGAGCCGCUCGCCCUCACGAGCGCCAACGCCAGCGCGCAGCCCAGCUCCCUGCACGUGCACGAGUUCAGGGAGCUGUGGGGUUCCCUGGCGGUGGUUCUGGACGGGGGCCCACUGGGCGACCCCAGUGACCCGACCUCACGUCUGGGGUCAACGGUUGUCGACCUCUCCAUGCCCGGAAGCUUCAGGAUCAUAAGGGCCGGCGUGGCGUGCGACAGGACCCUGGAGAUUCUGCAGAAGAAACACGGGUUAAAGUUGGACCCCGGGACGGGGUGACGCGGAUGGUGAAGUGAGUGUGAGUGUUAGUGAGUGAGAGUGAGUGUGAGUGUUUGUGAGUGUUAGUGAGUGUUUGUGAGUGUGUGAGUGUGUGAGUGUUGGUGAGUGUUAGUGAGUGUGAGUGAGUGUUGGUGAGUGUGAGUGAGUGUUGUUGAGUGUUGGUGAGUGUGUGUCUGUGUGUGUGGAGGUAGUGUAGCGGUUAGCACGCUGCGCUAUGAUCUCGGAGACCUGGGUUCGAUUCCCGCUCAUGGCUAACACCAGUGACGAUUAUCUGAACCGGUCCCGGGCCUCCCCUAGGUCGACUCAGCCUCAAAUGAGUACCUGGUGCAGUGUGUAAACAUCACCACUCGGGAGACAAAGGCGGUCGGGCGUGGUGCUGGCCACCCACCCCCUCGUGUACCGUUCCAGCCUUCAUAGGUGCUUGCUAACAGCACUUGCCCCCACAGUCUGUUAAGGCUAUACGGGGGAUCUUUGUCUUUGUGUGUGGCGGGGGUGGGGGGUGUUGGUGGAUCAUGGGAGGAUGGGUAACGAGCGAGGCUUCUCAGUGUCACUCCCCCUCUGCAAGCUUGUGCGGGUCACUCUUCUCUCCUCUCUGUUACA